ACCGGAGCCGAACGGCUUGGGGAGCACAAACACCGGCGCAGUCACGGCGGGGAGGGCAGGACGGGGUGUUCCUGUACCCACAGGCGUCUCCGGGGCUGGGUGUCACCGCAGCCCAUCACUGCAGCCCCGGAGACGCUCCAGGGGCUCCUGCGGCGUCCCGGGCGAGCGGGCAGGGCUGGGGCAGCCUCCCCGUCCUCCAGCGCUUGGCACCGGCGCUCCACCACAAACUGUUCCCGGCGGCAGGAACACACCUGGAGCCCUCCGGCAGCCGGUGGCACGGCAGGACCCGGGACGGGCCGAGGCUACAGCGCGGCAAGAGGCAUCGCCACCGCCCGGGACACCUCCUGCCCGGCAGCCGCGCUCUACAGCGGCUCGGGCGAGUCCGUGCCCCGGGCCAGAGCAGCGCUGCCCCCCUCGCGGUGCCGGGCUGUGGGGGAGCAGCCCAAUCCCCUCCUCUCCGCUCGACUCGGUUCGGUUCGGCCCAGCCCGGCUCCGCCCGUCGGGGCCGAGCUGCUGACUCAGCCGCGGGGGGGCCCGGAGGGCGCCCCGGCCCCGCGGGCGUGGCGGGCGGGGGGGGCUGCCCUCCGCCCUCCGGGGAGAUAAAGAGCGGCGGCCGCAGCCCGCCCGCGUCUCUCGGCGCCGCCGGCAGCAUGACGGCCAUCGGGGCGCAGGCGCAGCAGCUGCUGGCACACCGGAGACCGCGGAAAUCCUUCUUUGAGACGCUCAUCAGGAGCCUGAUCAUCCUGUGCGUGGCCAUUGCCGUGGUCUUGUCGUCCAUCUCUGUCUGCGAUGGGCGCUGGCUCUUUGCGAGGGGGCAGCUCUUUGGACUGUGGCACUUCUGCACCGUUGGCAAUGACAGUGUCCUGAGGUGUGUCACAGACCUCAGCCUAGCCCAGGUGGAGGGACUGAGAGUGGGCGUCAUUCCCAUCAGGAGCAUGGUGGCCUUUGCUGUUGUGGUUGCCAUCUUUGGGUUGGAGCUGCUGAUGGUGUCCCAAGUCUGCGACGAUGCCAAUGCGAGGAGGAAAUGGGCAAUGGGCUCCGUUCUCAUCCUCAUCUCCUUUUUGCUGUCAGCCACUGGUGUUCUGAGCUUCUCCAUCCUGGUGAAGGAUCACCUCACCUUCACAGGCUUCACUCUGACAUACUGGUGUGAGUUCGUUGCUGCCUUUCUCUUCUUCCUUAACGGAAUCAGUGGACUUCACAUCAACAGCCUCACACACCUCAGGAGCAGGGUAGGCAAAAUCUAGGCACCAAGGAUGUACCUCUGCCUUUGUGUAAUCAGCUUUGCCAAUUAGACUGGAAAAAAAGAGAGUCUAAUGAAGUCUGAAAAGGAUGCCCUGUCUUAAUUUGUGUGCAAGGAGGGGAAGCAUGAGUCAGUCUUGAUGCCUGUAGAAGACAUAAACACCCACUGGUCAGCAUGGAGGGCUGUGCAACACCAGCCAAGCAGAGACGGACUGGCUGCUACUGCAAUGUGGUUUUCUGGAGGAGUGGAUUAAAGCAGAGGGUGUCCUGUUGAACGUGCAGAGAUUUGGAAUACUGCAAUCUAUCCCGUAUGUUGAUCUGAGGCUUGCACAACACCUGUACUGCUGUGGGUUUGGUGUUGCUGUCUUUUCCUCAUAUUCUGGAGACUGUGAAGAGUGUGAUACAACUUCGGUGUGUCUCAUGGGUUUGUUCUGGCUCAGGGACAGAUGAUUUCUGCCUGACCAUGCUGACUGGUGUGGAGAAUUGAAAAUCUUCACGGGAUCUUACUCCUUCAUUUUUCUUUCAAAAGAGAAGGCACACAGAACUUGAUCUGGUCACAGGUUUUGUUUCCUUCUGACACAUUCUCUUUAUCUGUUCUUUUCUGGGUCAGUUUUUUCGGGGACACUUCAGACAGAGGUGCUGACCUGGGGCCAGGGGUAGGUGUUGGGUGAUGUAGGUGUACAGGGAAGGGAUGUGAUGCUUUCCUCAGGCAGCAGUGCAUAUCCCUGUGUUUGUGGCCUCUCCCCAGUGUCACCACUCUCCUGCCAUCCCUGAAGGACAUGUGCCAACUGGUCAACCAAACUGGCUCCCUCACAACCCUUGCAAAGUUUACAGUAACAGGGCAUUGCUUUUGGUGGGGUUUUUUUGGGUUUGUUUUUGUUUUUGUUUUCUUUGUUUAUUUGGGGCAAGAGGGACAAGUUCUGCAAAGGCUUUGUGGGGUGUUGUGGCUGGGCAGACCAUGCAGAGACCACCAUAGCUUCUGAGAUGUGUUUUGGUUAUCACGACUUCCACUGGGUCAGUGGAAAAUCUGCUUAUCCUGUAGUUGAGUCUCCUGUAGCAUUUCUUAUGGGAGGAGAAAGCCCUAGAUCCUCCUGAGCUCCUUUUCUUCCUCUGACUAACAGCGAGCCUGGGAGGAGAAGCAGCCCAUGAUUGCCUAAGGAGGGGCUGAUGGGUGCAGCUCUAAUCUGUCACCACCAGUAGAAAUGUUGAGAGACCUGGCCAAAAUUAUUAUACUAAGGCAGGUCUUCCUUCUGCUAAUGUCUUAUUAAAGUCAGUUAUUUAGAGUCAGGAUCUCUAAAAUUGCUACAGCUUCGAAGUUCUCCAUGGUGUCUUAUGUAAAAGGAGAGAAAACCUCAUUUGUAGAGUAGAUUGCCCUACAUGUGUUCUCCCUGUCCAACACACAGCACACGAUUGCUCACAGUUUAAAAUGUCUUUGGAGUGUUUCAGGGUUUGUGGUUUACUGUUUGCUUUGUAUCCACUGGUAAAGCCACUUAUAUCCUUGUUCUAGAACAAAUGUUUCUACAUGUUUUAUCCCUAUACCUUGUCUUUUGAGCAAGGUUUUAGUUUCCUGUGCAACAAGUUUGAAACAGUUUUUCACCUGAAACAAUUGCAUCCUAGCACGGAGGCCAAAAAGCCUGUGUAGGUGAGUCACAAAUAAACAGUUUUGUCUUUAAGAGGUAAGGAUCUUAAGCUGUGCCUGAGCUGAAUGUGCCACACUUUGAUGAAUGUGCUCCUGUGGACUGGCUUGCUUUCAGGACGGUCUCCAUUCCUUCUUGGACUUCUGUAACUUCUUAAGACAACACUCCUAGGCCCGUUUUGCAAUGCAGGUUCAGACUUGGCUUGUUCUGGACAGUGCCAGUUGUACAUCUGCAUGUGAAUCUGCUCAUCUUUCUGUCAAGAUGAUGCUGAGCUGUGCUACCCAGACAGCUCCUGAAGCUCUUGUAAUGUUUGGGGCUUUGUUGGGGUUUCUUGGCUCAUUCUCAAUGACAAGGAGUUGUGCCCUUAACUUGUCUCUGGAAAACUGCACUGUGACUGUCUGUGAAGGUGCUUUUGAUUUGCUGAACAGCACUGUUGAAGACAUCCUGCUGGGCUGAACUUGCAGAUGCUUGUGUGAGCUGUUGACUUUAGCAGAGCCAACUAGGCAAAGAGACCCUGCAAGGUCUGGUCCCAAACUGUUGCAUUUUGGUGUGACCAGGCAUACCAGGAGUAUCGUAACUAAGCAAUGAUGAAGUUGUGGUGCCCAUGGAUGCCUAUGCCAGGCAGGACAGUUCCCCUAAGGGUGUCUGUGGCUUGUUUAGAAACAUGAAUGUAACUUCAGAGUGACACUUUGGUGACAUCCAGACUUUGAAAUCACUUCAGUGUGUACACUCCCUCAUGCUCAUGGGAGGCUGUGCCUCCAUCCCUUUCCUUGGAAGGCAGCCAUAGCCAGCCUGGGUUCCAGGCUGGUGCCUCCUGCUCGGCUCAGAGGGAGGCUGGACAAUUGGCCAUUCAGUUCACCCUAGACAUGGUGCAAUUGUGAAUGAUUUUAGGAUGCCCUCUGCUAGCUGAAGAAGAGGCCUUUUGUUGGGGGUAGGGAAUCCUCUGGGGAAAAUAGAGUAACUUUUUUUUCCAAAUGGUUUUGUGUAGUACUGCUCAACGUAAUUACGCUGGGGAAAGAAGCAUUUUGACAGCUAAAUAUUACAAAACAGAGUUGAUUGUCUUGGAGACGUCCUUAUAUAGAGCAACCUUUGUGGCAGUGGGUCACUGUUAAUUUUCUGAAGCCUGUGGAAGUGUUAAGCAAUAUUCCUGAAGUUUGUUAAAUAAAUUGAUUUGAAAUAAGAA